GGAGGAUAAACUGAUUUGAACUCAGUCGUUCAAACCGCAUUGAGACGUUACUUUAUAGGGGUGUUUUAAGUCUCAGUGUUGUUUGUCUCCUUCAGAUCGCAAGUUGUUUGGUGUCUUAAGAAGAAACAUAACGUUACAAAUUCAGCUUUACUGCGAAGAGCAACAAUAUGAGUAAAGAUUUACAAAUGAGGGCUGCGAUAAACCAGAAGUUAAUUGAGAUGGGCGAGCGGGAGCGGCUGAAAGAGUUAUUGAGGGCUAAACUUAUUGAAUGUGGGUGGAAGGACCAGUUGAAAGCACACUGCAAAGAUGUAAUCAAGGAGAAGGGCCUGGAGCACGUCACAGUGGAAGACUUGGUUGCUGAAAUCACCCCAAAAGGAAGAGCGCUUGUACCAGACAGUGUGAAGAAAGAACUUCUGCAGAGAAUAAGAGCUUUCCUAGCUCAGCAUUCGACCUUGUGAAUGAAACUUAGUGUUUUUCGAAUUCCUGUUUUUAUAAACAAAAUUAAAGUACAUGUUUGCUCUGUAACAUUUCUGGAAAUGUAAUGUGCAGUUUCAUUUAUCAUGAUUUAGUCCCUUUUU